AUGGAGGCCCAGUACCGGUGCGGGCUGAUCGAGCCCUCGUCGCCAGGCGUCCCGCCGCCGCAGAUGUACUCGAGCGCGUUUGUAGCCGAGCUGCAGGCGCGGUAUGAGCGGCAGCUGGAGGACAUGCGCGAGGCCGCGAGCCUGCUGGUGGCGGAGAAGGAAGCCGAGGUCGCGGCGGCGCGGCGCGAGGCGAGCAAUGCCGCGGCUGCCCGCGAUCCCGACGCAGUCGCUGCCGCGCAUGACGAGGUGCUCGCGCAGGUUGAGGCGAGCAAUGAGGCGCACAUGGUCCGCGAGGCCGGACUCGCCGAGCUCGCGCAAGCACGGGCGGAGGCCAAGGCCGACGUCGCUCGGCUGAAGGAGGAGCAUGCACGCAAGCUUGCCGAGACCCGCGAGUGGUAUGUGCAGCAGGUCCGGGACGCCGAGUCGGCGCGCGAAAAGGCGAUGCAGGCGCUCGCCGCCGAGCGCGCUGCCGCAGGCUCGGGCACGGCCGCGGCCGUGGAGACCGUCAAGGCCGAGGCCCACUCGGUCAUUCUCGAACUCCGCAACACGCUCGCCGCCGAGUCACAGGCGCUGGUGGAGGCGCGCGCCGCGCUCGACUCGGCCAACGCCUCCCGCAAGGCCGAGCUCCGCGUCCUCCGUAGCAAGUUUGACGAGUGCCUCCGCGUCCUCCAGAUGAAGGAGGCUCAGUUCGAGGCUGCGCUCGCCCGUGCGGCCGAAGAGGCGCAUCUUCGGGUGUCUGAGCUGGAGGACAAGCUCGCCGCCCGCGAGCGCGAUGCAGAGCGCGCCGACGAGCUCCACGCCGCGCAGAUCGCGUCUUACGCCACCAAGCUCGAGCGCUCGCAGGCUGCAUUUUCAGACAUGGAGCGCAGGCAUGCCUCGCAGCUUGCGGCCGCCACCACAGAGCUCGACCGCCUCCGCACCCACUAUGAGUCGGUUGCCGCCGAAGGCUCGACUGCCGUCGAGCGCGCCCGCGAGGCCGACUUUACCAUCCGCAAGCUCCGCGACGAGAACGAGCUUCUCCUUGCCGAACUUGAGCUCAACGCCGCUGACGUCGAGCGGCUGCGCCAGGAGAACGCCCGCCUCGCCACUGAGCUUGAACGCAUGGACUCGAUGGUGUACGGCUCGGGCAAGAGCUCGCGCCGCGCCCGCUCUGGCACCGCCAAGCGCAAGGCUGGUCGUCGGUAA